GCGCGCGAGGACGCUCGGGCGGCGGGACGCAGGGAAGGCAGCGGUCGGAGCGCGCAAGGGGCGAGUCUCCAGGCAAAUGGAAAACCAAAUUUCCUGCAAUUGGUGACCAUGUGUUCCAGGUGUUGAAAGACAGAGAAGCGAAGACAGAAACGUGGAAAGACAGAGAGAAAGACACGGAGAGAGACGUAGAAGGACAGAGACGUGGAGAGAGACACAGAGAGACAGAGACGCGGAGAGAGACACAGAGAGACAGAGACGUGGAGAGACACAGAGAGACUUGGAGAGAGACAAAGCAAGACAGGACAGGAGAACAAGGACAAGCUCAGGUGCCCCGGAGCCCCAGCCCUGCCUUCAUGCCCAGCAGGUGCCCUACCUGGCCCAUCCUCCCAAGGUAAGCCUCAGUCAGUGCUGCAGGCAGUCUGACUCGCAGUCCCUGAAGUGACUUCCAAGGAGCAUCUGUAGACAAGAAGAUGGCCCAGGUCCUGCACGUGCCUGCCCCCUUCCCAGGGACCCCUGGCCCGGCCUCCCCGCCUGCCUUCCCUGCCAAGGACCCCGACCCACCCUACUCUGUGGAGACCCCCUAUGGCUAUCGCCUGGACCUGGACUUCCUCAAGUACGUGGACGACAUCGAGAAGGGCCACACGCUGCGACGCGUGGCGGUGCAGCGCCGCCCCCGCCUGAGCUCGCUGCCCCGUGGCCCUGGCUCCUGGUGGACGUCCACUGAGUCGCUGUGCUCCAAUGCCAGUGGGGACAGCCGCCACUCAGCCUAUUCCUACUGCGGCCGUGGCUUCUAUCCUCAGUAUGGUGCUCUGGAGACCCGCGGUGGCUUCAAUCCGCGGGUGGAACGCACACUGCUGGACGCCCGUCGCCGUCUCGAGGACCAGGCGGCCACACCCGCCGGCCUGGGCUCCCUGACCCCCAGUGCGGCCGGCUCGACGGCCUCCCUGGUGGGUGUGGGGUUGCCACCCCCGACGCCACGGAGUUCGGGACUGUCCACGCCGGUGCCUCCCAGUGCCGGGCACCUGGCCCACGUGCGAGAGCAGAUGGCGGGUGCCCUGCGGAAGCUACGGCAGCUGGAGGAGCAGGUGAAGCUGAUCCCCGUGCUCCAGGUGAAGCUCUCAGUGCUCCAGGAGGAAAAGCGGCAGCUCACAGUGCAACUUAAGAGCCAGAAGUUCCUGGGCCACCCCACAGCGGGCCGGGGCCGCAGCGAGCUCUGCCUGGACCUCCCCGAUCCCCCAGAGGACCCAGUGGCACUUGAGACCCGGAGUGUGGGCACCUGGGUCCGAGAACGGGACUUGGGCAUGCCUGAUGGGGAGGCUGCUCUCACUGCCAAGGUCGCUGUGCUGGAGACCCAGCUCAAGAAGGCACUGCAGGAGCUGCAGGCAGCUCAGGCCCGGCAGGCCGACCCCCAGCCCCAGGCCUGGCCACCGCCAGACAGCCCGGUUCGCGUGGAUACCGUCCGGGUGGUAGAAGGGCCACGGGAGGUGGAGGUGGUGGCCAGCACAGCCGCUGGCACCCCUGCACAGCGGGCCCAGAGCCUGGAGCCUUAUGGGGCAGGGCUGAGGGCCCUGGCAAUGCCUGGUGGGCCUGAGAGCCCACCUGUGUUCCGCAGCCAGGAGGUGGUGGAGACGAUGUGCCCAGUGCCUGCUGCGGCUACCAGCAACGUCCAUAUGGUGAAGAAGAUUAGCAUCACAGAGCGCAGCUGUGAUGGAACGGCAGAUACCCCAUUUCCUGUCCCUCCAGGCCUCCCACAAGUUACUGCCGAAUCGUCCUCGUCACCUCCGGGGUCCAAAGUAGCCUUCCUUACACAGCCUGAGAAGACCACAGGCCGAGAGCCUGCCCGGGACACCACCCACAGGGAGCCCACUGGGCAAGCAGCCUCCCGAGAGACCGAGGAGGCCGGGGGCGCCGGCGGGCCCCCAGCAGGCGUGCGAUCUAUCAUGAAACGGAAAGAGGAGGUUGCAGACCCCACGGCCCACCGGAGGAGCCUCCAGUUUGUGGGGGUCAACGGCGGGUAUGAGUCAUCAUCGGAGGACUCCAGCACGGCAGAGAACAUCUCAGACAACGACAGCACAGAGAACGAGGCCCCAGAGCCAAGGGAGAGGGUUCCGAGUGUGGCUGAAGCCCCCCAGCUCAGGCCUGCUGGGACGGCCGUGGCCAAGACUAGCCGGCAGGAAUGCCAGCUAUCUCGAGAAUCUCAGCACAUACCCACUGCUGAGGGGGCAUCAGGAUCAAACACGGAGGAGGAGAUCAGGAUGGAGCUAAGCCCUGACCUCAUCUCAGCCUGCUUGGCCCUGGAAAAGUACCUGGACAAUCCCAACGCCCUCACGGAGCGGGAGCUGAAAGUGGCCUACACCACAGUGCUGCAGGAGUGGCUGCGCCUGGCCUGCCGCAGCGACGCACACGCCGAGCUGGUGCGGCGGCACCUGGUCACGUUCCGGGCCAUGUCUGCGCGGCUGCUGGACUACGUGGUCAACAUCGCCGACAGCAACGGCAACACGGCGCUGCACUACUCCGUGUCUCAUGCCAACUUCCCCGUGGUGCAGCAGCUGCUCGACAGCGGUGUCUGCAAGGUGGACAAACAGAACCGUGCUGGCUACAGCCCUAUUAUGCUCACCGCUCUGGCCACCCUGAAGACCCAGGACGACAUCGAGACUGUCCUUCAGCUCUUCCGGCUCGGUGACGUCAAUGCCAAAGCCAGCCAGGUAUGGGACCCCCUGCUGCUGCAGAACCAGGCUGUUCUUCCUACUUUAUGACAUCCUGGCUGAGUGACAGGCCCAAACCCAGGUGGUCUAGCUCCAGAGCCCUGCUCUUCAUGGCCAGGCUGUCUCUGACACAGGACCUUCUUGUGGAAACUGGAAGGAGUGGAGGAUAUGGGGGUCCUUCCCUUUCUUAAUAUGACCCCGUCCCACAUCCUGCUGGACAGUUCAUUGAGCAGCAGCUGGGUUCCCUGGGCUGGACACUGGGGAUUCAAACAGUGAACAAGCAGGCAUGGUCUCCUGAAGCUCACUAACUAGCCCGUGCUUCAAGCCAUAAGCAUUUCAGGGAGCACCGGGAGUUGAGCCAGUUUGGACUCAGGGCUGCAGGAAACCACCAGGGGAGUUUACGCAGAAGUGGCGUGGCCUGAUUCCUGGUCUGAGCGCACUCUUUGGCUGUGUGUUGGGAAGCAGAAACAGGUACUGUGCAGGUGACUGGGGCUUACGGACAGGUGUGUGGGCAAAAGAGCAGGGAAGCCAGGACCCACUGGGGACAGUGAGGAGGAGAGGGAUUGCCAACAGCCUGAAGAUAGCAAAGGAACAAAACAGGGAGCUGUGACAGGCCAUAACAGGCAUAACCCUGCUUUAUCUUUAUUGAUUUAAUUUUGUUUUAAUUUCCAAGAGAUUUUUUUAGUGGCUUCAUUUUCAAAAAAUUAAGGCCUGGC